AUGGACUGUUUUCAGAGCAAAGAAGGAUAUACACAAAUAUUAUGGCUCCUGCCGUUGCGGGAUGGGGAGGGUCAGUUGAAGCACCACAUCACAGAAGUUGGUUCUAUGAAUGUAUUCUUUGUGUUUGAAGAUGAUAGAGGUGUUGAGAUCGCUACUCCGCCGACUAAGGAUAUAGUCCUACCGGGUAUCACUCGAGAUUCGGUUUUGAAGAUUCUGGGGGCCGAUGGAAAGGUGCGAGUUUCGGAGAGAGAUGUUACUAUGGAGGAGCUUCUCGAGCGAUAUCGCCGUCGGGAGGUAUUGGAAAUUUUCGGUACCGGCACUGGUGCGAUUGUAUGCCCUGUUAAAAGUGUAACGUAUGAGGACGUUGAAAUUGAUGUACCUGUAGAUGAAGCAAUCGGGGCAGGCCCGAUCUGCAGAAAGAUACUCGAUGAGGUAGCAAUGGAUUGA